AUGUCUUGGAAUACGGCUAAAAAGAGAUUUCAAAGGGAAGUCGAAAAUUACCCUAAGGCUCUUCGUGAUGUUUAUUUAGCAAAGACCAAUAAAUACACCUUGCCAACCUUCGAGACCAAGGAAUGGCCUCUUGCAAAGUGGGAAAGAAAAACCAAGCUUGAACAGAUCGGAAUUGCUAAUGGUGACCUUGCGUAUAUUACUGAAGGAGAAAAGAAGGGAAUAGUUUCUACCAUUUUCCAAUAUUCUCCAGAAAUGAACUCAUUUUUAUUGGCAGAUGUCACUUCCAAAAAGCUUCUUCCAAAACAAAACUGGGUUGAGCACCAGUCGAGUCAUCUCAUUGACUACCCAGAAUAUGUCAAGCGUGAUCAUAUAAAACUUGCUGCCAAAGACAAAGACGAGAAUGGAAAGGUUUACUACGUUGUCGCUGACGACGUUGUUUACAAAGAAAAAUAUUAUGACGAAAGAUACAGGAGAUGGUUACCAAAGAGAUUCGUGAAGCAUCAUGAUUCUAUAGAAAUACCAUGGCCAAACCCUCCACAAGAGCCUAAGGAUGAUCAUUUAUCUACAAGCCAACAAGCAGCUUUUGAAAGAACUUAUGAGUUACAGUCUAUUGCUAAACCACCAGUACCAACUGACGCAUUAUUACAAUUAAGAAACCCAUACUCGAAACAUAAGAAGCGUGUGCUCAGUGAGGCUCAAGCCAGAAAGGUUAAUGCCCCAGAUAUGCCAUUAUCAGAUGAACAAAAGAUUUACUUGGCUAAGAAAGCAACUGAGCCUAAGAAGGUGUACAAGAAGUUGUCUGAAGAAAUACAAGAUUUCAUUGGUUCCAGAAUGGCUGAUCACAUCAACAAGAUUGAUAAUCCUUCCUUACUUGCUCACUUGGAUGCCUUAUCUGAAUCCAAGAUUCCAGACUUUGCUAAAACUAUGAAGAAUAUUGAAGACGCUGAACACGAGAAGCAAAAGAAACUUCACAAUCAAGCAAUUUAA